AUGGAAACUCGGUACAAUCCAAACAACUGCCUUGGCCUUUUCCUCUUGAAAUACUGGAGGCUCUGGGUCGGGCAGUGGCUGGCGGCACCGAAAACACUAGAGCAAACCAGCCAGAAAGUUAUCCUCCGCUUUCGCAACAUUUCUGGACUAGAAGGUCGCUGCACCACUCAGAUUGAAUCACCUAGCGGCGACCUAGGCCCACCAGCGCGCCAACCAUGUGUUGCUUAUUUCCUCCUCCACAUGCUCGAUUACCUCUCUUUUGGUCUGACAUUGACGACAUGGCUCUUUACCCGUGUAAACUUCCCGCCAAUGGUCAUCACUGGGCUGAUGCAAGAAAUUCACUUGCAGCCGAGGAAAGCGAGGCACUCUGCCAACAAAUGCCUCAACAGAUGCAUGCUUUUGCAGCGGCGUGGUGGCUGCCGACUUGCCAAAUCUCGAUUGGACACCUAUUAUGGCAAGAAUUGCAAAGCACCUCCGAACCUGGGUGGCGUCGGCGAGUCACCGAAAUAG